GAGGCAAUGGCAACACUCCUUCGCGAAGUUAACAUUUGGUUCGGGUUCAGCCACCCCCACGUCAUUCGGCUCUUCGGCGCGUGUCAUGUUGGCAGACCCUUCUUCGUUUGCGAAUACGCCACGAACGGAACGCUGGUCAGCUAUUUGAGAAAGCACCCGAACGAACUUUGGUUUAAGAUGCUUGAAGCUGCGCUGGGCGUCCAGUACCUCCACGCGCGCGGUGUUGUUCAUGGCGAACUUCAAGGGAACAAUAUUGUGAUCGGAAGUAACAAGAAAGCGAAGGUGACGGACUUUGGUCUCAGCUCCUUCGUUGACGACGACUGUCAUUCGGAGAUCUCUGCUGCGUCGCACUGGGUAGCACCAGAAGCCCUGGUAAACGAGGACUCACGACUAACGUUUGCGUCGGAUAUCUACUCUCUGGGUAUGCGCAUCGUGGAGGCGUUAAGGGUGGUGGGGCCUGGUGAAGACAGUUUUAGAGGUUGUCUACCUUGGGGAGCACUCGACAAUAUUGCAGUGAAAAAUCAUGUGAGGCGGGGAAAGUUGCCAUUUCAACCCUGGAAUUGCACAGACGAGCAGUGGCAAUUAGUUAGACGAAUGUGCGCCUUCGAGUCAAAGGAGCGGAUCAAGGUAGCGACCGUGGUCGACUCGUUGGCAAGGUUAGCGAAUUCU